AUGGGAAGUGGGAUCAGUUCAGAGAGCAAGGAGUCAGCCAAGAGGUCAAAAGAGCUGGAGAAGAAACUUCAGGAAGAUGCUGAGCGAGAUGCAAGGACGGUUAAGCUGUUACUACUAGGAGCAGGUGAAUCUGGAAAGAGUACGAUUGUUAAACAAAUGAAGAUCAUCCAUAAGAAUGGGUACAGUAAGCAAGAAUGCAUGGAGUUCAAGGCAGUGAUCUACAGUAACACACUGCAGUCCAUCUUAGCCAUUGUGAAAGCGAUGACUGCGCUUGGGAUCGAUUAUGUAAACCCUGGAAGUGCAGAAGACAAGCAGCAACUGCACGCAAUGGCAAAUACACUAGAAGAUGGUGACAUGACACCCCAGUUGGCUGAAGUGAUUAAACGACUUUGGGGAGACCCAGGAAUCCAAGCUUGCUUUGAAAGGGCUUCUGAAUACCAGCUCAAUGACUCUGCUGCUUACUACCUUAAUGACUUAGAUAGAAUCACAGCCCCUGGGUACGUGCCAAAUGAGCAAGAUGUUCUGCAUUCCCGGGUGAAAACGACUGGUAUCAUUGAAACUCAAUUCUCCUUUAAAGACUUGAACUUCAGAAUGUUUGAUGUUGGUGGGCAGAGAUCAGAGAGAAAAAAAUGGAUCCACUGCUUUGAAGGAGUGACGUGCAUUAUAUUUUGCGCUGCACUAAGCGCCUAUGACAUGGUGCUCGUCGAAGAUGAAGAGGUGAACAGAAUGCACGAAAGUCUUCACCUCUUCAACAGCAUCUGCAAUCACAAGUAUUUCGCCACCACCUCCAUUGUUCUCUUUCUCAACAAGAAAGAUCUCUUCCAGGAAAAAGUGGCCAAGGUGCACCUCAGCAUCUGCUUCCCAGAGUAUACUGGACCAAAUACAUUCGAAGAUGCAGGGAACUACAUCAAGAACCAAUUUCUAGACCUGAAUUUAAAAAAGGAAGAUAAGGAAAUCUAUUCUCACAUGACCUGUGCUACAGAUACCCAAAACGUCAAAUUCGUGUUUGAUGCAGUGACAGAUAUAAUAAUAAAAGAGAAUCUCAAAGACUGUGGGCUCUUCUGA